UCGGAAAUGAGGCGGUAGGCGGUAGCACACACUUAGAACUGCCCCCUGUGGUUCCAGGGUAUCUCCUGGCGGUUCUGUAUUUUCUAACUUUCUUGUCUUCCAUGGCGUCGAAGCAGCAUCAUCCACCUCCUAGCGACCAACUUGAAGCCGCGGCGAAGAGGCCAAAAGUGGAGGAAUCGCCUUCAAUUCAUAGCAUUAACAAUCCCCAUCGCGUCGAGCUCAAUCCAGCCGACUGCGGCCUAGAUUUUGAUAUUUCGGCAAAUGGAUUUCAAGGGAGUGCUCUUCAUGAGAAAGGAUUUGCCUAUUGCUGGUCUGGUGCUCGAGCUAAUGUUGGGAUAAAGCGAGGAAAAUAUUGUUUUGGUUGUAAAAUUGUUUCGGAACAGGUGGUUGACUUAACUGACACUCCUGUUGAUCAACAACAUUUGUCUCGUGUUGGAAUCUCAAGGGGGGAUGAUUUCGUUGGAAGCCUUGGGGAAACUAUCCAUAGUUUUGGCUUUGGAGGUACAGGAAAAUUUUCGAACUCUGGAAAGUUUUCAGAUUAUGGUGACAAGUUCGGCAUUGGUGAUGUAAUUGUUUGCAGUGUUGACCUCGAGAAGAAACCACUCGCGACAAUUGGAUUUUCAAAGAAUGGGAAAUGGUUAGGUAUUGCAAGGGAAUUUGAUGCGAGCUUGAAUGGAUUUGACAUUGUUGACACGCAGGUGAACAAGCUUCCUUGGGAGUCGGCUUUGUUUCCUCAUGUCUUGUUGAAGAAUGUUGUAGUGCAGCUCCUAUUCAGCAUCAGCGAUGGACUGACACCUAUGGACCAGUACAAGCCAUGGAAUUCAGCUAUUGAAGAUGGAAAUGCUGUCUUUGGUCCUAUGUUUUCUAAACCAGAGGAUUGUGAGGUUCUGACGAUGGUUGGUUUGCCAGCUUCAGGCAAAACUACUUGGGCCGAAAGAUGGGUGAAGAAGCACCCAGAAAAGCGAUAUGUGCUACUUGGAACCAACCUAGCACUUGAUAUAAUGAAGGUACCAGGGCUCCUGCGAAAACGCAAUUAUGGUGAACGAUUUGAGCUUCUGAUGGAUCGUGCUACAGGGAUAUUUAAUACAUUGCUGGCAAGAGCUGCUAAGACUCCUCGCAACUACAUUAUUGAUCAAACUAAUGUUUACAAGAGUGCCCGGAACCGUAAAUUGAAGUCAUUUGUGAAAUACCGUAAGAUAGCAGUGGUUAUUUUUCCCAUGCCAAAUGAGCUCAGGGCUCGAGCAGCCAAGCGAUUUGAAGAAAUGGGAAAAGAAGUUCCCGCAGAUGCGGUAAAUGAGAUGAUAGCUAACUACAUCCUACCUACAAGCAAGAACAUGUCUGGUUCUACUGAGUGUUUUGAUGAGGUCAUGUUCCCAGAACUAGGCAGAGAAGAGGCACAACGUUACUUAAAUGAAAUGAAGCGUGCGCUUCCUCCAUCUUCUAAGACGAGCAUAAAGGAUGAAUUUUCUCCUUCAUCUCGUGAAAGUUCUGUCCAAUCAUUUCCUAGACCAUUGGUUGCUAAUAAAGAACAUAUAGCAGAUUCUGAAAGAUGCAGACCGACUCACCAAUCUAAUUUGCUAUUUUCAGAUUAUUCAAGUCCAUCCCAAGUUAUACCAGCAUAUGGCAGGCCUGCUUUUUCUUCUGAGCAUCCUUUAGGAACAACUGAUACUAAGUUUGCUCCGUUUUCAAAACCAGCUUUUGAAACUAAUCGAUAUACGAAUUAUGAAGGCACUGGGACUCCUUAUCACAGAAAUGAAUUUGAUCGCUUUGGAAGCUAUGAUAGGACGCCAGCACCAUUUCAAAGGAGUGAAUUUGAUCACCAUACUGUGUACAAUGACUCAAAUCUCCAUGAUAGAAGCUCAUUUGGAAGAAGUUCCUCUUCUUUCGGUGAAAUAAGCUCGUAUCAGACUCCAAGAUCAACAGAUGCCUUUUUGAGACCAAAGUUUGAGAGCUCAAGCCCCAUUAGCAGGCCUUACGGUUACUCAACAAUGCCACCCUCUUAUGGCAGUCAUGGUGGGCAGGUUCAUGAUCCUGGGGAUACUCACUUCAGUCGCCAUUCUGCAAUGUUGGAUCAAUAUGGCCGCAUCUCCCCUCAAACACUUUAUGGAUCUCCUUAUGCUGCAACUCCACCACAAAGGCCUUCUCCUGUAUCCCGCGACGUUCGUCCGCCGAUGGAUUACUCUCCCCAUUCAUGGAACCGUUGAAGAAAAAGAACACCAGACUGUAUUCAGGUUUUCAAGGGUUAAUGUAUUUUGCCGUGGAAUUAUAAAUUGGGCAUUCUGCAUAUAAGAAAAUCUCCUCUAUUGCUCUACACUCCAUGAUGUAGGGAGGGUCAUAGGAACAAUCUCUCUCUCUCUCUCUCUCUCUCUCUCUCUCUUUCCAUAUAUAUAUAUGAAAUAUUUGUUAUAAAUGUCCUAACUACUGCGUGUAAUAUUACUUUGAACUUUUUAGCUUUGGAGCUGUCUCAUUUGCAUAUAUUUGUGGUUCUGGCUGAUGGUUUUACAUGAAUUUUGGUGUUUCCUUGGGAUGCUGUGGACAAAUGUUUAGUUUACUAAGCAUCAAUAUAAUAAA